GGACGCCUAAUGGGUGAACGUGGCGCAGGAGGUUGGGCUGCGGGUUUCUGGACAGGAGACCAAUACAUCCAAGUCGACCUUGGUUCAAUGAUGGCCAUCACCAUGGUAGCAACACAGGGAAGGAGAACUCACAACCAAUGGGUAACUAAGUACUCACUGUCAUACAGUCUAGACGGCAAUCAAUGGGAACACUACAAGGAGGGUUGUGUCAAGAUUUUCAAUGGUAACCACGAUCAAAAYACUGUUGUGACCAACGAGCUGAACCGAGUCGUCAAUACCAGGCACAUCAGGCUGAAUGUGAAAAGGUUUCGACGGUGGCCCUCUUUAAGGAUGGAGCUGUAUGGAUGCUAACCAAUACGCAUGAGCUACAGCUAUUUAAGAAAACUCUGAGCUAUCAAAUCAGUGUAUUUCCUUGCCGAAAUGCAUUGUAGGUUGCUUUUAAAGGCCCGUUUACACUGGGUAUUUUUAGGUGUAUUUUUGCGGAGAGCGCUUUUCAAAAAUUUAU